CUGUUUGGGCCCUUCCGCUUGUUAUCCCUAACAUCCGGGUACUUUAGAGCCGGUCCUAGCCAGUUCCACGUGAUCAAACUGCAAUGCAGGGAGCUGAGAUGGCAGCCACUAUGGACGCGAGCUCUCAGCUACCAAACGGCGAUGUUAAACAGAAUGGAGAUGGUGAGCCCCUGUCAAAGAAGAUCAAGACAGAAGAUAUAAAAGGUAAAGCUGUCUUGCUGUGUUAUGUUUUUACUUACACAAUGCUUCUUAUAUUGGCCAUGCAUGUCUUGCGCUCAAUGCACCAAGUCUGUACCAGUGCUAACCGAGUAGAAUUACCAUUGUAUAUGCAAGACCAGAUAAGGAAGGGAGGACAUCAACCAAAAGAUUGAACCUUUUAGCCAGGAUUAGGUGAACUUUCUUACAUGUAAAUAUUUUAGCUUCCUCAAAAUGUUCCGUACUAUAUUCUCUCCCUAUAAGGUGUUUUUACAGGAGAAAGAUAAACGACUUUAAACCUGAACUGCUGAAGAAGGAAAGCUGUUGAAACCUGAAGGAUUUAUCAGGUUGUUAGCAGGUUUGGUUGUUGACCCAUUUUGGCUUGUUGGAAGUCCGUUCCACCCUCAGCAACAGGCUCAUGUUUCUUGGAAUGUGUGAAAUUGGAUGACUGGCUGUAGCAUACCUAACUCACUUCACAAGGUAGUGUGUGGAUCUCCUCUGUGUUGGCAGUUCAUAGCAGCUUGUUUGCACUGUUUCUAUUUGUGACCUCUAUCCAUGGUCUGCUGUGUCAUCUUAUCAAUGUGGAUACAUCUUGCUCGGAGAUUUUUUUCUCUGUUUUUGAGUUUCUGUAGAGCGUACGGUCGGAGCCAUGUUGUCGUGGGGUUUUCCGACACCAAGGCUUCUUGAAGACUUGCUGAAAGUUCUUUCUUGUUUCUCCUGCAGGUGCAUGCACAACUCAAGGAAUUCUAGGUUCCUCAGUUGUCAGAGUCAGCAAGCAUAGUACCCAGGACAAGUUUAUGGUUGAUGCUAUAAAGCAUCUCUGCUUAUAUUAGUAUUCUUCCUUACUGUGUUGAUACUAUAGGCUAAAGUGCUGUUGUUGGGUGAAUGCUGUCAGUGCUUGAGUGAUUGUUAUUUGGUUCCAAGAAACAUGAAGCCGAAGCUGGCAGGUCCUCCCUUCCGCAGGAUUGUUAGUAGUGGGCAGUCAGCCUGCAUGAACCUGCCAUGUUAACAGGGCUUUUUUGUUUCUCUUUCUUCUUUUUCUCUUGUUUGUUGCCACAAAGAUCAGAUGGUAGAACGAACGCGAGGUUUGACGUAUGACGUUGGGUGACGCCCGCCAAUGCGGCGAACAGCGGGCAACACAACAGCUCCAAUCCACCGCCAUGCCACUCCACAUCUUAGGUUCCCUGUCAUCGCCAUUUUAAGACUGUAGUCCAUUUUUAUCGUUACCUAGCACUGUUCGUGUCUAGACAAACCAUAACUGUUGACAGGGAUAAAAAUAUGUUCUGUUUUUAUUGAGUCCUAAAGCUGAGGCCACUAUAGAUGCGUUAUUUGCUUGUCAUUUUAAAUUGUGGGAGCCAUGAUUUGAAGUAAGGGCAAGAAUUGAUAAGACCAUCUACAGCAAACCUCAUCCCGUGAUUCGUGCUCAACUUGUUAGAUAUUUGGGAGGGGACGGUACUUUUCUUUGGGGAGUGAAGAGGUCUCAAAAUAGAAGUUUGCAUGUGUAUGGGGAAUCAAGGGCUCGCUUGAAAUCUGCCAUACUAUGAAUAGCUGUGACAUGGCUUUUUUGUGUAACUGUUGGGUGUGGGAGGUGGCAUAAAGCCCUUUGCGACCACUAACUGAUGCAUUUUGUCUCCCCUUCCUGUCUUUUUCUCUUGUGUAUUUUUGUAUGAUGUAGUAAUAACCCAGCAGGAGUGACACCAUGUGGACCGGAUGGCGCGCUCAUGCUUCAUAUGGCGCAUCCGCCCUUUAUGUUGGCCGCUAUGGCCGCCGGGACCGCGAUGGGUAACACAGCGGAGAAGAAGGCGAUGAAGGAAAGGGAAAGGCCCCUGGGCUACCACCACUGACCAAAGAUCAACAAGAGGCAGUGACAAAGGCAAAGAAGUAUGCUAUGGAGCAGAGCAUCAAAAGUGUGCUGGUGAAGCAGACCAUUGCACACCAGCAGCAGCAAAUGACCAACUUACAGAUUGCAGCCCAGAGACAAAGAGCCUUGGCCCUUAUGUGCAGAAUCUAUGUUGGAUCCAUCUACUAUGAGCUGCGAGAGGAUACUCUGAAGCAGGCCUUCAGUCCAUUUGGUCCCAUCAAGAAUAUAGACCUGUCGUGGGACCCGCUGACCAUGAAGCACAAAGGCUAUGCCUUCAUCGAGUACGAGAUCCCUGAAGCUGCCCAGCUGGCUCUGGAGCAGAUGAACGGGGUGAUGUUAGGUGGAAGAAAUAUCAAGGUUGGUCGCCCUAGCAACAUGGCGUCGGCUCAGCCAAUAGUAGAUCAGCUUGUAGAGGAGGCCAAGCAUUACAACCGCAUAUACGUUUCCUCAGUGCACCCCGACCUUGCGGCUGAUGACAUAAAGAGUGUGUUUGAGGCAUUUGGAAAGAUAAAGUCUUGUGAGCUGGCACCAGAUGCAGUCACUGGAAAACAUAAAGGUUAUGGGUUUCUAGAGUAUGAAAAGCCACAAUCUGCACAAGACGCCAUUGCAUCAAUGAACCUAUUUGACCUUGGAGGACAGUACCUUAGAGUAGGAAAGGCUGUCACACCUCCCAAACAUGCGCUGAACCCACAGUUACAGAUCUCGUCCCCGGCUGGACCAGGUGGGCUCCCACCAGCUGCUGCUGUAGCUGCUGCAGCUGCCACAGCCAAGAUCACUGCCCUGGAAGCUGUGGCCAGUACGGCUGCUGUCGUAUCAGGCGUGCAGCCAGGGGUGAGUACGAUCAGCUCGACGUCACAGCUUCUCUCCCAGUCGAUGCCAGGUCAGCCUGGCCUGUCCAUUCCUGCCCCGGGGUUGGUGCAACUUCCUCAGCCAGUCAUGGCGUCAUCUGCACCAGGUCUCAUCACAGGUGUUACACCAAUGAAGCCAGCUGUGACCACCACAUCCUCAGCAGGACCAGCUAAUGAGGAGCAGAGAAAAAAGGUUGAAGAUGACCUACCACAGACACUGGGUCAGCAGGAGAAUCUCUCCAUCUCAGGCAGCAACGCCCGCCACAUGGUCAUGCAGAAGCUGCUCAGAAAAUCAGAAUCUAAUGUGAUGAUCCUAAGAAACAUGGUAGGGAUUGAGGACUUGGAUGAUGAGCUGGAAGGGGAAGUGACAGACGAAUGUGGCAAGUAUGGCCAAGUCAACAGGGUUAUCAUCUACCAGGAGAGACAAGGAGAGGAGGAAAAUGCAGACGUCAUCGUCAAAAUAUUUGUGGAGUUCUCUGAAUCUUUUGAGGCUGAACGAGGUGUCCAGGCCCUGAAUGGCCGGUGGUUUGGAGGCAGAAAAGUCUCAGCAGAGUCGUAUGAUCAGCUGAAGUUUGAUUCACAGGAUCUAUCAGGGUAGCUACGAGCCCAUCAUCGACAGAUAGGAUAGAAACCAGUGAAAGGCACUGUAGACAUUAUCUCAAAGCCAUUGAGAAUAGGCGACAUAUCCCAGUAUUUCUGGUUGUUACUUGAACAGAUCAUGUAGCAGUCUUGAAUUUUACUUGUCUCCGUCUUUGACCAAGUGUGCAAUUAAUGAGGACUCCCACAAAGCAUAUAAACAUAUACUAUGCAUAUAUACUCUUGCCAGUAGCUGCUGUCAAGAUGACGGUGAAAUCAGACAUCUGUAUAUCAUGUAACCCGCAUCUGGAUAUUAUCUACAGUAACUGAGAAGAACAAGAUCUUUGUUGUAGCCUACAUUGGUCACUGUGCUAUACAGUGUACUGACGAUAUAGAUAAUAGUAAUUCCCUCACCUCAGUAGAAACAUAACCUGAUGUACAACAUGUAUAUCUCUCCCCCAUGUGCAGCUGUGAACUUAUAUGAAACACCAAAUAAUGAAAUAAUAUACUUAGCUCAUAGGACUGUGAGAAAAUCAUGUUUUUCUUCCAAAUGGGAUCCUCAUAAUACUAGUACAUGUAUGUGUAGGCUCUGGUAAAUAUACAGUGUACCUUGAUCGGUCUCAAUGACCAACUUUCCCUGUUAUAAAGCAACAGAAUGUGUUUGUAUAGCCUUUGUGUUACACAGUUUCGACAUCCAAGCUUAGGAAAGAAAUUUUCUUCACUGAAUAACUCUUUAUACAGUUGCUUUACUGACAGAGCAUUGUUGAAGUUUCAUUUAUGGACACUAAUCAGUGUGCAUUAUUUUCUGUCAUUUCCUGAAAUAAGAGCAACAGCUGGAGAUGUAUAGCCCUUGUAUAGACCUCUUCAUUGAAUAUCUUUAUGCCUCGAAUGGUAUGUUACAUUUGCGUUACAUAUCAUUCCAAAAAGAACCCGUAAAAAGUUUCAUUAUAGCACUGCAAUUGUUAUGAAAUUUUUGUUGUCUCAUGCUGAAUGGACUUUUUCGAAAAUAGAAUAGUGACAGAUUCCUGUGUAGCACUUAUGCUAAGGGAAAUGCCCUCUGUUGUUAUGAGAUAUAAAAAGCAAACCUGCUGCUCAGCCAAUCAGUGCUCAGAAUUGGUUUAGCCAGUCGAACAGCAGGUUUUUUUAGGUUCAUAUGAUAGUGUACAAAAUAGAUGUUACAUGUUUGGUACAUGUGGAGAGAUGGAGAGUUUAUGUGGUCAAGUGCCUUCAAAAAUGUGUGAUGUACAGUCUCCAGGUUGGCAAAUAAAGGAUUCCUUUUGUACAGAAA